AGUGACAGUCGUUUGUUCUUGUUCUCAGUGAUAGAGUCUGUGGUGAAUCCAAACCGCAAUCCAUUUACUAUCCCAAAAGACAAUGAUGUAUUCAUGUUGAGAGACAGGGAAAGACAGAAAAAGAAACAGGUUUGAUCAUUUACUUCCUUAUUUUUGUACUCUGUACAGUUACAGUGUGUAAUGUUGAGCUAGAACAUGUGCAGUUGGAGAAAGAGUGUAUUAUUUUUCGUUUUCUCAAAACUUUUGUGGAAAGUUAGCAAAAAUUUAGUCCAGGUAGCAAUGCUAGUAUACAUUAAUAUGGCCUUAGUUGGAAAUAUAGUUAUCAGUGAUUUUUUUUGUUUUGAUACUGUAGGAAAGGAUUAAUCAGCGUAAGUUAAAAGUGCAUGAAAAAACUACCUACGCAUCACGUGUCAACACAAAAACAGCAGCAAUGAGAAAAAUAGCAGAUGAUAGUGAAGAUGAAUUUGUUGAGGAAGAGAAGAAAAAGGAAAAAGAUGGAGUCAUUGCUGUAAAAGAUGAUCCACAGUUUACUCUGGCAAUCACAAGAGGUAGGCAAAAAUAAAUAGAAUGCAGAAAUAUACAUGUAAUCUUUAUAUACUUAGUUUGCUAUAUAGCUAACAAAAUUCAGACUUUUCAGUAGUUUUAUGAAGUAGGUGUGCAAUACAGCUUUUCAGUUGCUUAUCGUUUCUUCUGUUUUAGAUCGCCACGUAGAAAAAGAAAAUUUAGCAGACUUUAUUUCCAAGAAAAGAGAAAUGUUUCUGGUUCAGGUACGUUUUUGUUUGAAAAUCUUGUGAAAAAGUCAGUGAAGUGAAGUGAAGUCAGUGAAGGAUAAAAAAAAUACAACAUGUAUAAUUAACGAAGCAAUCCUUGGAUUAAUUUAUGUCUCAUUUUUGUCACUUCAGUAUUCGUUAGGGGUGAAACGUGAUGAAAUGAGAAAACUGGAAGAAAUUGCACAGGUACGAAACUGCAUAGGAUGAAUUAUGAGGCAGGGUGGCUGAGUGGUUAGAGCACUGGAUUUGUAAUCUGGAGGCCCUGAGUUCCAGUUUUGCCCCAACCUCUUGCUGGAUUUGUUCUCGGUAGUCCCAAGUUCAAAUCCUCGGCCACACUUGUAAAUAGCCAACUGGUUCAUCUCCUAUAAGCUAUAGAACCAGUUGGGAUUCUUAACCAUAUACUGGUAUGUUAUGUUCCAUUUAAAUUAUUGGCUUGUUAUCCCUGAAAAGCCUCAUAAGCCAGGGAAGAUUUUAAUUAAGUUUUAAUUAUUAUUGUUAUUAAUUAUAUGAUCAUUUACUAGGUUUCAGCUUGUUAACUCUCUAAGUUGUGUAAAAGUAAUAAAGUGUUAUAAUCUUUCACUCUGUUAGAAUUGCAAAUAUUUAUAUGAUUACUGUUAUUACGAUAAAAUUGUACCUCUGACUUAGUAUGAAAACUGCAUAAUUAUUGUUAAUUACACAAUUAAAAUGUAAAUUAAAGAACUCAACAGUUGUCAUAUUCUGUUCCUCAUUUAGGCAGAGGAAAAGAAACUUGAGCUUGCAGAGCAGUACCUUGAAGAAGAUGCUGCAAUGUUUGAUGAAUUCUUAAAAGAAAAUGACAAGAAUUCUGUGGAGGCUAUUAAAAUGUAAGUGUCAGCAAAUUAUAGUUCUUAACCUGAGAUCAAAACCUGAGAACACUGUCUAUCUUUUUCUUUCACUUUUUCAUGCUGUUUAAUAUAUUAUAUAUAUUUUUUUAUCUUCUUGAUUUCCAUAGUGCUGAAGCUGAAACUAAACUGAAGCUUGAAAAAGUGGCUGAGAUAAAGAAAAUCAAUGCACAAAUGAUGGCAAUUAAAAGGUGAACUGCUGCAUGCAAUGAGCAUUUAUUUUUUGUUUAAUAUAUUUUUAAUAUACAUUAUGUCUAAGGGACAUCUCUGUUAAAUAAAAUGAACUUUGAAGUGUACACUUGUAAUCCUAAAAAUUAUGGACAUGUGGAGUUGAUCGAUUUCUGCUGUUUGUCAGUCAUCUGCUAUGACCUUGUAUAAAGUAGCUAGAUUCCUCUCUAAAGGUCAAUAAGUUCGAGACUAGGCUCCCUAUUGGGGCAAAAAGCUGAAUAAUGGGAUGCAAAGAAUUGGUGAGCAAAGCAAGCCAAUUAGGGGACUGGGGAGGGGGAAAGAGCCUGUUAGGAUGUUUGUUAAAUCACUUCUGAUCAUGUGUACUGCAAGAGAGCAUACCGUUCUUGUUGUAAAUCGAAUUCUUAAUAUAAAGGCGCUUUUUAUAAUCGAUGAUUGAUCGGAUAGGUCAGUCUGCAGAUUAAUACUUCUGAUGAUUGAUUUUGACAUCUCAGCCGUUUAACUCUACCUGCUGUGAGGUAUUUCAAUAUUUAACCCUAAAUUCCUUCUCAAUAUUGUUUUUUUCAUUUUAGUGAAAUCUCUAAAAAUGAAGACACGCUAAAGGAAUACAUGUUAUACAAACAGUUUCUUGACUCCCUGACGCCCCAGGUAAUGCCGCUAAAACCUUGAUUUUCGUUUUGUUAGUCGGCCAGGUCCUCAUAAUUUUGUGUUCUGCUCUCACCAACAGGAAUGGAAAGAUGAAAAACGAAAAGUUAAAGAAGAGACAAAGGUAAAUGCUCAUUUUUUAAUAACUCAUUUGCUCUUGGGAAUUUUGUAAAAUAGUCAGCCAAAACUGCCCAAAACACGUCUUAUAGGUCGAGCACUCCGCGGCCGGCCUUCUUUGAGCUUCUUAAGUUCGGGAAUGCUCCACUCUUCUUGCGCUUGUCUUGCCACAUUUUUUCUCUUGUGUUGGGUCUUUGAGUUCUCUGUUUAAUUUCGGUGGGAAACGUUUUUGGGAAAGCGUUGAGGAUCUUAUGAUAUGGAAGGAAGUACAGGUAGGUAGUCACCAGUGGAACAAUUUUCUUUGGAAUUUUCUGGUCAACUUUACUUGUUGAUUUUCUCUGCUCUCCUCGACUGAAUUAUUGCGCUUAUUCUAGCAUGGUUUGAGAGAUUUUUUUUUGAAGACAAAAUUGUCCUUGACCGUGAGAACUGAUGACUUCACGGUGCACACAAGGAACGUGGAUCAGCACGGGCAUACGGUUACUUCACGGUCGAGUGGGUUACUAUGCUACUACUUCCAACUAUUUUGUAUGAUAAAACGUAACUCUGGAUAUUCAUUUGUCCUUCUUUCUCAGAAAGCAAAGCAAAAGGAGAGAGGUUCAGUGAACAAAAAGAAAAGUGAGUCUGUUUUUCCGAAAUAUCUACACACCUAUUUUGAAUUUCCAACCCCAUAUGUCAUCAAACUUAACCUUCUAACCUCUUGUAACUCUACCUCUCUCCCAAACUAUUCUAGUAACCAUACACAGUUCUGGCAGAACAUCCAGUCGCACAAGCCAAAAGGACAGCAGAACAAGCUCUGUAAGUAGACUUGAUCAGAUAGGUUAUGUUUCCUACCUUUUAGCUAAUUUAAAUUUGUGAACCUAGCUUAUGCGGGGCUUUUCUUCCUUGCCAAAAGUCUGGUAGCUACUCUCAUUGGAUUUUCCUAGUUUUUCUUAGUUUUGGAAACUAGCCCUUUAAACUGCGAAAAUUCGCUUUUGAUCUUGAAAAAGGAGCAUGUGGGUACUUAAAGUGGCGGUUUUAGUGAGUAUAUGUAAUUUCCACCCGUCUCGCGCCAUCAGUCACGCGNGGUCGAGUGGGUUACUAUGCUACUACUUCCAACUAUUUUGUAUGAUAAAACGUAACUCUGGAUAUUCAUUUGUCCUUCUUUCUCAGAAAGCAAAGCAAAAGGAGAGAGGUUCAGUGAACAAAAAGAAAAGUGAGUCUGUUUUUCCGAAAUAUCUACACACCUAUCUUGAAUUUCCAACCCCAUAUGUCAUCAAACUUAACCUUCUAACCUCUUGUAACUCUACCUCUCUCCCAAACUAUUCUAGUAACCAUACACAGUUCUGGCAGAACAUCCAGUCGCACAAGCCAAAAGGACAGCAGAACAAGCUCUGUAAGUAGACUUGAUCAGAUAGGUUAUGUUUCCUACCUUUUAGCUAAUUUAAAUUUGUGAACCUAGCUUAUGCGGGGCUUUUCUUCCUUGCCAAAAGUCUGGUAGCUACUCUCAUUGGAUUUUCCUAGUUUUUCUUAGUUUUGGAAACUAGCCCUUUAAACUGCGAAAAUUCGCUUUUGAUCUUGAAAAAGGAGCAUGUGGGUACUUAAAGUGGCGGUUUUAGUGAGUACAUGUAAUUUCCACCCGUCUCGCGCCAUCAGUCACGCGCGUGGCCAUUUGCGUGUCUCGCGUUUUGCUUGACGGACUACAGAAAAAAGAGAGACUGCUCGUAGUCUACCAGUUCUAUAUGAUGGUGGAAGUAAAAAAACAAACAAAUAAAAAACAAAAACAACAAUUUUUGACAAUUAUAAUUUACCCUCAGAAGCUAUCUGCUCAUCUUAAUACAGUGGAGGCCAUUACUAAAAGGAAUGUGUAGUGGACAAGUAGCGAAGUUGGAUAUCUCUAGUUCCACAAGCGAGACAAACCGGAUUAGGGUUAUCGCACUUCUAGUGCAUGAACUUGGAGUUACAUGUGGCUUGACGCAGGGUUAACUCUUUAGUAACAAAAUAGAUGAGUACUCAUUUCAACUGUGUUACAUAAUCGUACACUGACAAAUUGUGAGGUAUAGUUGCACAUAAAGAUUUUACAAACAAAUGUAAUGUUUUGACACACAAAUGCAUGAAAAAGUCUAUUUUCAUUAAUUCUGUCCGCAGAAACUCGCAGGCAGUCCUCAAGGAAAACAGUAAGUGUUCAUUAUUUUGUGUUUUAUCGCAAGAAAUUACACGAGCCGGUCGCUUAGGUCCCGUUUAGUUCUAGAGAGCUAUCUUUCGUUGUCGUGGUUGUUGCUGUAUUGUUUUGCAUUAUACAAAAGAGCUGGGACCAGCAUUUUUCAUCGUAACUAACUUGCUUCAAUUUCGUUAAAUCUCAAGUCAAAGGAGCGAUGCUGAAGAUAGUUCAGCUUCCUUGUACGACACGGAUGAAGAAGAGAGCGAUAAUGUAAGCUCAGUUCUUAUUAUAUUAUGAUAAUUAUUAGUACUACAUUAUCAGUUUCACGGCAUUUUUUGUAAAUUUCUUUAUGCAGAGCCCUAAGCGAUACCUGAAUGGGUAAUAAUAGUGACUUUACGUCCCAAACACCCUGAGUGAGAUCAAACUCUGCAAUUUACACCGCUAAGCAAGAUGACGAGCAUCUUCGUCGUCACCCCCGGUCCCAGUAACCCUCCGUGGAUUUGUCGUGUAACUUUUUUCUCGAUGUAACUUUAGGAUUCAUUUUGUCUAUUUCUCACAGGAGCCCGAGUUAUUUUUCGCUGACCCUCAGCAACUUCUCGACAUAUUUGCUGAACUAGAAGAACAGAAUUUGUCUCUUAUCCAAAACAGCCAGGAAACCGAAGAAGCACUCGAGGAACUGCGGCAGACAAUUAAGCAAACGCAAGAUAGAAUGUAAGAACUCCGUCACUGUCAAUUUGGUUUUUGUUUUUUUAGACCCUGUCCACACUAAUGCGUUUUCAAAGGUGUUGUCAUCUAAAACGCAUCGAUCGAUUCGUGUCCACUCAGACUAACGUUUUGAUGCGUUUUCGAAUGUCCACACUGAAACGUUUGAAAACGAUAGAAUUGCACAUUGUGACGUAAGUUGAACUCUGUGUACAUGCUUCAAACACAUACGCCUGCGAUAAAUUCGGUGAUCGUUUCAUUUUCAUUCGUUUUCAAACGUCCAUACUGAUAGGUUAUGUUUUUGUUCUGGUUUUGAUCCACUUUCAAGAGCGUUUUCACUGCAAAUCCAUGCAUUUUUGAUGAAAACGCUGUGCGUAUUGGUGUGGACGGAAGGCCGCAUUAGUGCAUUAGUGUGAACGGGCUGUUUUGAGAACAUUAUAGCACGAGUUUGCGCCAGAAAGGAAUACAGCUAUUUCGAGAAAGGUUGUCGGAAAAAAUGUACACGCGACAAUCCCGAAAGGUAAUAUGGGAUAUGUUCAAUACACUGUUCCUGACACUGUAGCUGUCGAACCUACUUUUGCUGCUUUCCUUUAGCACUCGCAGACAUAUGUCCAUGGCCUCUCCUGCCAUUCUUUAAAAUUUAUUUGAAAAACAGUGAACUCAAAACCACCCACAAUACCUUUCGGGGUUGUCGCGUGCACUUUAUCCGACAACCUUUCUCGAAAUAGCUGUAUAAAAUAAAUGUUAUAAAGGACAGACACGUUUUUUUCUCAAAAUGGAAGUUACAAAGUAUAUUUAUUUCCACAGGAACCGUGAAACUGAAAUUCUCAAAGGUCAGAUUGACUUCUUAAAUGAUGCCAUUAACAGAGAAGAAGAAAGAGCGAAGGAGUUGGAAAUGAAAUCAAAGUAAGCUAAUUAUGAUGAGUACAAUCAUUAUUUUGUGCAGAGAACCGAGUUUAUAAAUUAUGAACAUUUUUAUUUCUGUUUUUGUUUCUCUUCCAGUCUGUCAACCAGAUAAAAAUAUGUCUUUAUUGCUUUUUGUUUUCAUGUAGAAUGUUUUCAUAUGGCGAAUUUAAAGCUGAAGAUCAGGUAAUUAAGCUGCUGUCGUAUGUCACCAUUUUAAACCACUAAUUUCGAAAGAACAAGUAAUGGCGCUGCGCCAACCGGGAAUGCUAAAUUUCUUGUAAAUAACUUAAAAUUGAAAGCUUUGAUUUGUAAUCUUUGACAGGCGCUGCUCAAUUCUGAAAAUCUUUGAAACUGAAACUGUUCAAACGCGAGAAAGAAGAUGUCCCCCCAAAAUUCACCAAGAUGAGCACCCAUUUUUAAAAGGGAAGACUAUCUUGUUCUCCUUCCUGAACUUUGCCUAAUUUCAGUUUCUUUUGUUGCUCUUCAGGAAAAAAUGCUACAGACGCUCAACAAAAAAGUGGAAGAAGUUUAUCGAAAUUGUAUUGGUGAUAACGAAGCAAAUAUAAGGUAAUUAAAACAAAGAUUAUUCGAUGAAACAAAGGAGCGCGCACGUUUUACGGUGUAAAGUUGUCGUAUGACAACCCGAAAUUAUGUCUAAAGGGUGGAUUAAUUUUCCCUGUACCAAUAUAGCGCCUACCAUAGCCCUCUGGUGAACGUCUGACUGACAAAGCUGAUCAACCUUAAAGAGAGCAGACUUUUUAGGCUGUAGUUUUAUCCCUUGUUUGCGUUUGAUUGUAGGAACCUUCUUACAAUCCAAGGACGGCGAAGCGGCUGACACUUCGCUUAAAAAGCAAAUGCGCGUUCUUUCAAUCUUUAUCGCGACUAUUCCAACUCACUGACCUUGUUCAAUGAAGGCGAACUCCCGUCUGUUGUUGUUCUAUGUUGUCCUCCAUAAAACGUAAAAUUAGGCAUCUUCUCGUCGUACUCGUAGUCGGCAAAUAAAUGUUGAAAAAAGUGUGCUGCACGUGCAUACAGUUGUUGUUUUUGCCUAUCAAGGCCCCGGGGGACACCAUUAAUGAAUAAAUUCAUAAUGUCACAAGGCCAAAAUUUUGCUUGUUACAUCUUUAGGAACUCUUUUGUCUCGGCUGUUCUUAUCUUCUUUUCUUUUUUUUCUUUCUCUUUUUUUUUUGGAGGGGAGGUGGGGUCUUCCAUGUCUGUCUGUCCUCUUGGUUGGUUAGUAUGUUGGUUAACAACGCGACAUUGAUUUUGCGGUUCAAAAGGAUUCGAUAAAACACCUCUAUCCAAGCGGAUAAUAAUACGAGUCCGUUACGGGCGGGGGAGACAUUCCCUGAUUGCCAGUAGCCUGUACAAAGACCUUAUUUUUCUUUUCUUUUCGUUCCUCCCUACCCCUUGCGCUGGCGGUCAAUAAAUCCCCCGCGGUUUUUAUUUUUUAUCACGCUCGCUCAACGGACUUUGAAGAAAAAAAAUAGAGGGUCUGUGAACACGCUAGGGUGCUGGAGACUCUUCACGCGCGGUCUCCGGUCUCGGUUUCGGUAAAGUCUUUAUAGUGACCCGAAAAGCGCGAUCUUCCAAGUGAAAACAACCCUGCUUAACGUCCAUUAUUCUUUAAAGUAUCUGUAAAAUUUUAUCUAUUCCUCUGAAACAGUGAUGUGUGAUAGCAAGAACGAUCACGACACCAAGCAAACCAGUUUGAUCGUUGAGUGCUCUAGAUAUUUAAACAACUUUUUUGGAGACAAAAAGAGUAGAAUAUGUGAAAUGUUAUUGCUGCUCAAAGUAUUAAUGUUUAUUGAUUGUAUUCGCAGCACUCUACAAAUGCUUACAAACAUUGAAAAUCGCCUGGAGGAACUUUUUGAACAGAUAGAAGUCAUGCCCCCAGACAGAGUAGAGAUGGCUGAAAAGGUUAGAUGAGAAAAAUUACAAAAUUCAGUAAGCAACAACAAGCUGCUUUCAAAUCGAAACAUCACUCAGUGAAACGUUAUGAAAUCCUGCAUGGUAAUAAUUUUGCCCCACACCCUGUUUUAGUUCCGAUGAACGCGUAAUUUUGCGGUGAUAUCUAGACACUGGCUUUGUCUCUUAUAAUUUCUGUAACCAAGUAUCUACGUCCAUUUCAUUGAUUAAAUUGAGUAGUUUACAAUGCGGCAGUUUGUAUGAUCUUUCCGUUUAGUGAGGCAACGUCGUAAAAUACCUAAGACUAAGACUUAGUUACAUGAUCAAGUGAAUAGUGAUCGACCCGUAACGUGAUAUUUUCCAGGCAAAAGAGAAAGAACGACGCAUGCGCCUUCGAGAGGAGAAGAUGGAGCAACAAAGACUGCACCAAGAGGAUAGAGUCAGAAGGGCUCUAGAACGAGCUCAGGCUGAACCCAAGAAAAAGGUUUGUGAUGAAGUCCUAUUUUCUUUGUUUGGUAGCCUGCGACACCUUCUACAAAGUUUAAUAGAAAAGGAAAAAGAGCCCUUCCCCUUACCUAGUAAGCAAUUUUGCACUGCUGACCAAGUUACGUUUGGAGCAGUGGUUUGCUAUGUUGCCCUUAAGAAUACCCCAUUUAAGAAAAACUGUGAAGACAAGAAGUCGCUAUUUCAAGGAAACAACGACGGAGAAGCAUACGCCAUGGACAUAAAUUUCAAUUAUCUUUGCUACGAAAAUGUUCUAAAAAUGAAGUGAAAAGCAUCUUCAAGUCUGAAUGUUAUUCUGGGGUAACUGUUGGCCCCAAUGUCCGCACAAAAGAAUUACUUUAAACUUAAGUAAAAACUUAAAAAAAGGGUUAUUUUUAACAAGGAAAAGUAGAUCGAGAUUCAUUGCAUUUUUUAGAAAGUUGAAGCCCCUCAGUUUUUGACAACGUGUUGACUUAUGGUCAUAGAUUAUAUCAAAUAGGUUUGAGUUUUGUUUUUGGCUCUCUUCUUUCAGACUGGAAAACCCCUCAUGUUCCGUUCUGAACCUCCACAAAGGCGAAGAAAACAACAGGAUUCCGAUAAGAAACAAGAUAAAGAAGAGGAAGAACUCAAAUACUUCUUUACAUGA